AAAAGAGAGAAACGGACGAAAAGUGUUACCGACGUUUUUUAAAAAUGUUUUUUAAAAUAAUUUAAAUGCGAAAGAAAUAAGAGAGAACGAGACACUGAAGAGCAGCAGGUGUACAAACUUACUUUUUCUAAAUUAGAUAUUUAUUUGGACAGAUUACUGUCUCAGUAAAAGUUACAUGACGUCUGUAUUACUUUUAAACUACAGCAAAACAGUGAAAACAGCAGAAGAUUGAAUGUUUCUAUUUUCGUUGGUGGACAAUAAAGUUUCAGAUGACAUUUUACCUUUUUUAUGUCUGUGGAUCAGGGGGGCUGCUCCACCCCGCCCACCUGCUCCGGUACAAGUGACCCCGCCUGACCAGGGCCCCUCCGCGCGCAGUCCGCUCACGUCUCCGGGCCGUCAUGAGCAAAGAGAAGGGCCCCGGUUCCGGUCCGGACCCGCAGAGGUCCCCACGGAUGCCCAAAUGCUCCCGGUGCCGGAACCACGGCUUCGUGUCUCCGCUGAAAGGCCACAAGCGCUUCUGCCGCUGGAAGGACUGCCGCUGCGCCAAAUGCAAGCUGAUCGCGGAGCGCCAGAGAGUCAUGGCGGCGCAGGUCGCCUUGAGGAGGCAGCAGGCUCAAGAGGAGGAGCUUGGGAUUUGUAGUCCAGAGGCUGACCCUGAAGUGAUGGUGAAGACUGAAGCCGGAGCCGACUGCCUGUUCUCCAUGGAGGGGCGACCCGGUGCGCCGGCCGUCACCCCCACCCCUCUGUCCGCCUCAGGGAGCUGCUCGGCCUCGUCGUCCAGCCCGCCGGCUGCGGGCCGGGUUCCCCCCGAGGAAGCGUCUGACCUGCUGCUGGAAACCUCCUACUAUAAUUUCUACCAGCCUUCAAGAUAUUCCUCGUACUAUGGAAACCUGUACAACUACCAGCAGUACCAGAUGCCUCACACUGACAGCCGCCUGUCCGGCCACAGCGUGUCCUCUCAGUACCGCAUGCACUCCUUCUACCCCGGGACCGCCUACCUGCCGCAGGGCCUGGGCUCGUCGGUGCCGCCGUACUUCAGCCUGGAGGACAACGACGGCGCGGCCGCCUCGUUCUCCCCAGCAGCAUCAGCUCCGCCCACGACUCCACCUUGACCUGCCGCUCCAUCCGCUCUCUGGUCACGCUGGCGUCAAGGCGGAGUUUGAAACGUCCAGCUUCCCGAGACCAAAUGAGAGGAGGAGGAUGAAGGUUUCCGCCCUCUGAGAUGACAGUUUCCCGACUCUGUAGAAUCUCUUUCUGUCUCUUUUGUUCAAUUUAGUUUCAGAAAAUCAAAUCCUUUCUAAACAAACUGAGAACAUUCAAACACAUUACAGCUUCUAUAGAAUCAAUAGACAAUCUGAGCGUCAUUUAAGACAAAACUGGAACCAAAAAGUUCAUUUUAUUACAAAUGAAAAACUGAAUAAAAAAUUAGAUCUUU